AUGAUUGGUACCCCUCCCCGGAGCGGACUCCAGGAGUCUGGAGAACCUAUGUCCUGCGAUCUGCAACAUCUCUUCGACACAUGUGAUCGACAGAGUUUAUGCAGGUCAGGCCUGAAUGAAAGCGACUCUCAAAUAAUAUUGAUGCUAGACACGCUAUCAGAGAUGCGCAGGUGCAGGUUACGGAACUCCGUUGCAUAUCUUGAAGACCGUGGAGACCGUGAAGACCUUAAAAGAAUGCCGUUAUCUGGCGCUAGUGGUGCGCGAAAUCGCACCGCGAGGGUAAGCUAUCGAUCGCUUUAA